AUGCCAAAUCAUGUUGAAAUGGCCUCUCAUUGCUUGGUUCGAUGGGAAGAUGACAUCAAUCAAUUUGCAGUUGUUGAUACAAAACGAUCAAAAUCAGUAUCUACAUUAAAAAUUGGUCUCACAACCUGUUUCGAAGGCUAUCAACGUGAACGUCGUCGGGGAACAGUUCUUUUUUUAGAACAUUAUAUAACAUGUACUCACAUACUGAUAAAAUGUUUUAUUUAUUUUCUAGGUUCAAAAAGAGAUUGUUGUGCUUAUGGACUUGAUGUAGCUGGUGAUGAUGGACAUGUGAAUACAUAUCAAUGGAGUGUUCCUCCUGGUCUUCGGGAAGAAUCAGAAGAAAUUGCUCAAACAAUUCGUCAAAGUACUUCUUCAUUUAAACGAACAAUAUCAACAAUGUCAUCAUCAUCAACCAGUUCAACAACAGCAGAAACAAAACAAAAGAGAAAAAAAAUUAACAGUAACAACAUAAACGAUGAUGAACAAACAACAAAAUAUAAAUCAAAACCACCAUCUUCAUUAGCAUCAACAAUUACAAUAUGUGAUGCAUUUAAGACAUCUGAUAAAUGUGCUAGUCAAGGUGAACAAUCAAAUUCAAAUAGUAAACAUCAAUCAUCUUCACAUAUUACUGCAACUUGUUCAACAACAAAUUCAGUAACCUCAUCAUCAACAGACAUAAAUAGUUUAAUCGAAGAAAUCAAAGUUUUACGUGAAAAACUUUCGUCUAUGGACAGUUUGGUUGCAGAAAACACAAAACUACGUGAAAAAGUUUUAUCUAUGCAAGAUGAAAUGUUCUAUUUACGUAAUACUUUAAUUAAAUAUGUUCAAUACGUUCAUGCUCCUAAGAUCAUUUCUCCAACCGAAUUUUCUGGAGCAAUUUCGCUUCGUAGUCGACACUUGGUUGAUCGCAAUAAAAAUAAAGAAAAUUCAUCAACAGCUUCGACAAAGAAGCAGCAUCAGAAAUAUUCGAAAAGCAAAACAAAUACUGAACAUCAACGAGGUCCAUUACCACCAAAACAAAUUUUAAUGGAAAAUUUUGAUUGUGAAUGA